AUGCCUCACAACGGCCGCCACCCUAUCUGGGCUCUAGCACCCCUCGAGAGUCUCACCAGAGGACUGUCUGUGCGGUGCACAGCACUGGAAGAGGAAAAAGGCGGUGCAUCUAUCACGGAGGAUCAGGUUCAGAGGGCCAAACCAUCACUCAACAUGGCCAUCCACUCAACCCUCCAUUACGACCAGGAUGUACCUGUCUGCCUCGAAGAUUCUUCAGCAAACAUCCUUUCGGUCUCAAUGCAUUCAGGAGCGCACUUUACAGGAAACACUCAGAGUACUUCGAUGCUACACGCUCAUGGCAUUGCUCUCCCCAUUGGCCCUCUCUUUGGCAACGAUGACUACGACCAAACCCAUCUGAGUCUUUCCAAGAGCCAUGGUUACACGUCAGCACCCACGGACGGCGGUGCCGUGGUGUGGUAUUGCUCGAACUGCGGUGAUGGACCUAAAGGUUCAUGGCAGAACUGUUGCGCCGUUUGCUCCCAUGUAAGAUGCGGUGGCUGCACAGUGGAAGCAGCCAAAUAG